ACUGUCUGCAAUUUCCUAGACUGGAGACAUUUCCUGCCUUGGAUGUCUCGAUCUGUUUCAUUGCCCAAAAAGUCCUACUUCAAAGUGUUUGUGGGAGCAGAAAGGCAAGUUGCUUAACAUCCAGGCAGUGCUCACAGAGAAGAAAACCCUGGGAAGGAAGAAUUUCAGCAACAGGACCCAGGACUCUCUGAAGUUACGUAGGUGUAUAGGCAAUAUGAAGCUGACCCUGGUACAGAUCUUUUUCAUCAUGCUUCUGCUGCUGCUGGGCCUGGGGCUGGGCCUAGGACUGGGACUGCACAUGGCUGCAGCAGUCCUGGAGGACAGUGACCAGCCACUGAAUGAGUUUUGGUCCAGUGACUCACAGGACAAAGCUGAGGCCACUGAGGAGGGAGAGGGCACUCCAACCCCAGAAACCCUGGUGCUUAGCAACAAAGCAGUUGUGCAACCUGACUGGCCAGAAGAGACCAUCCUCAGUGAAGAUGAGGUGGGAGGGGACCCGGCUCUCAAAGCGGAGGUCUCCUUUCAGAGCUACAGAGACUAUCUUAGGCUUGACUUGACGGACAGAGAGUGUAACACCCUGAUGGCGAACAAAGUGAAACAGCCCAAUCAAAGUUGCGUAUCUGAGUACACAUUCAUACACGAGCAUCUUCACACAGUCAAAGCUGUCUGUAACAGCCCUGUUGUUCCCUGUGAGCUCAAGGGGGCCAAAUGUCACAAAAGCCCUCGUGCUUUUGACUUGACGUACUGCAAGUUGUCUAAACCAGGCCAAGUCACUCCUAAAUGCAAUUACAUAACCUUCAUUAUGAAAAAGGUUAUUCUUAUAACCUGUAAGGACAUGAAGCUCCAUUUAACAGCUAUACAAUGAUGCAACUUAUCCUCUUCUUUCUCUACAUCUUAUUCUCUUUCAUUUGCUUCCCCAUUUCCAUUUUCUCUCAUUGUUCUCCCUCCCUCAGGUAUCUUGUGGUGAAGGUCCUGAAAAGACAGCCUGUGCUUUAUCAUUCUCUUGUGAAAAUAAAAUUCCUUGCCUUAUGGGUCAUACACUUUGCAUUGUGGUCCUGGGAACUGCGGUGGCAGAAUAAAGCAAAGAUGGCUGGG